GUAUAGGAUGCUUCUUUUAUCGAAAGCCAUAAUUAUCGUGAUGUUUGCUUUUCUAGACAGCUAGAUGAAAAGAGUAGCAAAUUAUUGCGCAUGAAUUGUCCAUGGAAAAUCACCUUUUCGGAGCAGUCGCUAGAAGUAAGCAAUUAUAAGUCCGUCCACCUUUAAUUCGGAUCGUUAAAUUCAGCUUUUCAAUCACUUUUAAUCCCAAUGACGCACAUUACUAAACAGGCUGCUUUCGCUUUUAUUUCGCAUAUCUUUUUCGGGCAACGCGAGUGAAAGUAGUUGCUUAUGGUUAUAGCGCAACUUUCAGGAAGUACAAUGUGCUUUUUGUUUAUUUGCUUUGUGUAUAUUAGAUGAAUGUUGAAAGGCUUUUUAAACAACUAUAUGGCAAAAAAAUCUGACAAAAUCAACCAAAAGUGAUAACGCAAAUGCGUAACACAGGAAAACAAAGAUCAAAAGAAGUUUCUCGCGAAAAAAGAGCUAAGAGUUCCAAAGAAAGCGACAAAGAGCCUGAAAACAGAUUCAAGAAGGCAGCGGUCAUCGUUUGAGCCAAACUGAAAAAAGCAUUCUCCAAUCACUCCAAAACUUUGUUGAACACUCUAAAAGGAGGAGAUUCCUGGCAAGGAGGAUCGAAAAUCGUAGCAGUUUGUAGAGAGCGUUUUUAACAGCAAGCUAUGCGCCGAGAGUACAAUGACGUGCUAAGGGUAUAUAAUUUGCUGAGCAACUGAAAGGAGGUUUUUAAAGAAGACAACAAAGUUUUGUUUAUUUAGCUGGUUAAAACAAAAGUUCUGAGUUUCUCUGCGAUUUCAAGGAAACAACUGGAUGCUAGCGUCACAUGCCGCACCGUUUCAUCUUCACGUUUUGCGAAACGAUAUCUAAAGGAGUUAUUUAGCGUCUUAAAUCAAACAUUGGGCCGUUUACUCUUUACUCGGCUGCUUGUUUAAGAGAAGCUGGCGAUUAUUACGAAAAGAGGUGUUUUCCUAGCGGGGAACAUCAAACAUUCAGCCUUUUAAUCUUUACUCGGCUGCUUGUUAAAAAGAAGCUGGCGAUUACUACGAAAAGAGGGGUUUUCCUAGCGUGGAACAUCAAACAUUCCGCCGUUUAAUCUUUACUCAGCUGCUUGGUAAAAAGAAACUCUAUGCUAAAAAGCAAAAUCAAUUAAAGGCAAUUAAGUGGGGCGCAAUAUAAAAUGAAUUCAACUAGUGAAAAUAGUAUAAAUUCAACCAGUGAAAAUAGAAGUAGGGCAUAUGUAAUUGUAGCACCCAUUUUUUUUAGCCUGGAAGGGAUGGUGAUAGCCUUCGCGAAUGGCUUGGUAUCGGUAGUAAUGUACAAGUUCCAGUCACUUCGCACCCCCUCUAACAUCGUCCUACUUAGCAUAACGUGGGCAGACAUGAUAAUAACACCAGUACUGCUAGCUUUUGCGAUCAUGAUUGCAAGCUCUAAGUACACUCUCGCCUGCGCGGUGGCAAUGUUGAAUUCCACCGUGAUCAAAAUUAUUAUCUUUCACCUGACUUUGAUAAGUGCAGAACGCGUAUAUGCUAUAAGACACCCGUUGCGUUACAAUCGCGUAGUCACUGUGACACGCAUUCGAAAUGCGCUAUGUGUUAUCUGGGUGACGUGUGUCAUGAGCUCGCUCCCGGCCUUCGUGGAUGACAAAUUUCGCGGGAUUCUUGCCUACUGCAAGCAGAACCAAUCAGAAUACUCGUUCCAGGCUCUGGACUACUUCACGGGCGUAUUGCACUACCUGUUCCCUUUCUGGUUGGUCGUUGUGUCGUACGUAUACAUCGCGCGCGUCUCACUUCGUCAGCGGAAACAAGUGUGCACACGUCACAUGAUAAGUCACGCAAGGCGACAGGCACGUGACCUAAAAGCGGCAAAGACGAUGGCGAUCAUCAUUGGGCUAUUUCUACUCUCAUUUUUGCCACUUGUGGUAAUUUUAUCUUUACAGCUGUUUCGUAUGCGGCUAAGUUCGAUAACCUAUCGGAGAUUAACCAACAUAGGGUAUUUUCUCGCCAAUCUCUGCGCGUUGUGGAACCCUGUGGUUUAUGCUUACAGGAACCAGGCCUUUAAGGGCGCCAUUAGGCGAUUGUUGCACAUCCGGAGACUUGCAAUAAGGCGUGACGUAGGCAGUCACAGGUCACGCAAUCAUUUGGAACGGUAAUUUGAAUAAAACAAAUAACGGACUGGCCCGUGUCCACCAAGCUCAGCAUUUGUAAAAGAUAAACAUGAGACAAUUGAAAAUUGAAAGACCGAAACUUUGUGGAUGGUAAAACUCCAUUCGCAUUCGCUUGCGUAUAAUGGCAAGCGACAUAACCAUUCACAUUCUAUCGUGAUACGCACGGAUUUUUUUCA